GCAUUGGCUCACAGUCUGGGUGUGGCUAUUAAGAAGAUGAUCAUUAGAAGAUUUUGUUCACGAGCAAUUCUAUCAGACCUCACUGUCCCUCCUCCUAAUCCACAGAGACUGUUAAGAGCAGCUGUGCUAGGACUACCUAAUGCCGGGAAAUCUACACUAGUCAAUCAAUUAGUGGGAAGAAAUGUUGCUGGAGUCUCUCCGAAGCCUCAUACCACAAGAUCUCAAGCAUUAGGAGUAUUCACUGAAGGAGACCAUCAAGUGGUAUUAAUAGAUACUCCUGGUGUGGUUUCCUUACAGUAUGGAAGAAAAAUGAAGUUUUCAAAACCAUUUGUGACUGGACCUAAGAGAUCAACGGAUGAAGCAGACCUAAUGUUGGUGAUGAUAGAUGCAUCAGAUCGGUAUACAAGAUUCAAAUUGAAUGAACAGCUGCUAAAGAUAAUGAAAGAAGUGAACUUACCAACCUCCCUGGUCAUUAACAAGGUUGAUCUGUUAGGGUACAAGCAGCUGUUACUGAAAAUUGUUGACAGCAUCAACAGUCAGUCCACCGCCCACCCAUUUAAUGAGGUGUUCAUGAUAUCAGCUCUUACUGGAGACGGGGUUGAUAAACUAAAGGAUUAUCUGUUAGAUAACACUAAACCUUGUGAUUGGUUAUAUGAUGUACACACAUACAGUAACCAGUCAUUGGAGGAUCAGCUGGCAGAAGUAGUGAGGGAGAAACUCUUCAAACAUCUACACAAGGAGAUACCUUAUUCUAUAAAGCAGAGACUAGUUAUAUGUGAGGAGAGAGAUGAUGUCCUUUAUAUCCACAAGAAACUAACAUGCACUAAGAGUAGCCAAGUGUCUAUUGUGGUUGGUUCUGGUGGUAAGACAGUGAAAGCUAUAGCAGAUGAGGCCCAGUCUCAUAUGGAGUCUCUGUUGUCUCGUCCAGUCCAACUAAUACUCUCAGUCAAUCACUCGAACAAAUAGAACCAAUGUCAUUAUUUGUUAUUAUGAUUUUAUUGGACCUGUUGUUGUAUUAUAUUUUGUCUGUAAUGUAAAGAUUUCAUGCAAACUUGUCAGCAAACAGUCUAA